AUGGUAAGAGUUGGCCCCGAAGUACUCGAACGACUUCAAAAAGACGCAGACAGCAUUAGAAAUAUUUGUAUACUUGCGCAUGUGGAUCAUGGGAAAACGUCACUUUCAGAUUCACUUUUAGCCUCUAACGGUAUUAUCUCACAAAGAUUAGCCGGUAAAAUACGGUAUCUGGAUGCUAGAGAAGAUGAACAACUGCGAGGCAUUACUAUGGAGUCGAGUGCGAUCUCGCUGUAUUUCAGGGUUUUACAUAAACAAGAAGGGAAAGAAGAACCCUUGGUUAACGAACAUUUAAUAAAUUUGAUCGAUUCUCCGGGCCAUAUCGAUUUUUCUGGCGAAGUUAGUGCCGCGUCUAGGCUAUGCGAUGGUGCAGUGGUUUUGGUAGAUGUUGUUGAGGGUGUCUGUUCUCAAACAAUCACUGUUUUAAGGCAAUGCUGGACGGAGAAAUUGAAGCCGAUUUUAGUGCUGAAUAAGAUGGAUAGACUCGUAACAGAGCUAAGAUUGACCCCCCAAGAGGCUUACGUGCAUUUGAACAAAAUUAUAGAAAUGGUAAAUUCUAUUAUUGCUUCUUUUUUUAAUGGAGAACGGUCCCUAAAUGAUUUAUCGUGGAGAGAACAACUUGAAUAUGAUCAGACCGCCCAAUUUGUCGACGAUGAUGAUUCAGACAUAUAUUUCAAUCCUGCCAAAAACAACGUGGUUUUCUCCUCAGCUGUGGACGGCUGGGGUUUUAGUAUUAGCCAACUGGCGAAGUUUUACGCUCACAAGCUAGGCGCCAAGAGAGAGAACCUUCAAAAGGUUCUGUGGGGCGAUUUUUAUAUGGAACCCAAAACUAAGAAAAUCGUAAAUGGCAAAGGCUUGAAAGGGCGGAAUUUGAAACCGCUUUUCGUCACACUGAUACUGGAUAAUAUAUGGAAGAUUUACGAAAAUAUUGUCUUGGAGCGGAAUCUAGACGUUCUAGAGAAGAUCAUUUCUGCGCUCAAUAUCAAAAUUUCACCCAGGGACUUGCAUUCCAAGGAUCACAAAGUCGUCUUAAGAACGGUUAUGAGCCAGUGGUUACCUGUCAGCACGUCAAUACUACUCACAGUUAUUGAUAGGCUUCCUUCUCCGAGCGAGUCCCAACUCGAGAAGGCGACUACUUUAGUCGGGGCUUCGCCAGGAAAAGAGCUAGUCGAUGAUGCCUUAAUGGAGGGAAUGAAAAAUUGCGACAGAGAUGCCCCUGUCUGCGCCUUUGUAUCCAAAAUGUUAUCCAUUCCAAAGGAAGAACUACCACUUUCAAGUGAUCCAAGUGCAGUAGAGGACUAUGCUUUGAUGGAACGUAGGCGGAAGGCCCGCCAAGAGGCCCUCAAGGCAGCAAAAGCCGCUGAAAUGGUCGAAAAAAUGUCUAAAAAACGUACAGGCGAUAAGAAGAGUAACGAUUUCUUCGAAAGAGUCAAUGACACUGUGGCCACGCCACUUGUGAGAGAUGGAGAGCUUGGUAAAAUAAAGUCGAAAUCGUCAAACGAGGCCAUUGCAAACGGGCUCGAACCUAUGUCUGAUUUUGAGAGUGAUCAAGUCACAGGCGACCCGGAAACAUUCGUGCCACAGGAAAUUGAUCCCAGUGAUCCAAUGGCUGCGAUGUUCGAAUACGAGGAGGAGGAUGUUUUUGCUGUGGAUCAAUCACCCUGUGGAGACGAACUUGAGUGCGAAGAAGAAACAACUGACGAUGGCAACGAAGUGCUGAUUGGAUUUGCCAGAAUUUAUAGCGGAACCUUGAAAGUGGGACAAACAAUUUCUGUUCUGGGCCCAAAAUACAACCCCAGAAACCCCUCAGAGCAUAUCCAAAGUACCAAGAUUACAGCUCUCUAUAUCUUCAUGGGUAAAGAACUGGUACCCUUGAAAGAGUGCCCUCCCGGCAACAUUGUGGGGAUCGGUGGGUUAGCUGGUAGAGUAUUGAAAAGCGGGACGCUGGUUGAUCCCAGCGUUCGCGGCUGCAAUCUUGCCAGUGUCAGUCAACAUGUGACCCCAAUCGUCAAAGUGGCACUGGAGCCUGCUAUCCCAACUCAAAUGUCCAAACUAGAAAGGGGACUAAAGCUGCUCGAGCAAGCAGAUCCAUGCGUUGAGACGUAUGUGGAAGACAGCGGUGAGCGCAUAUUGUGCACAGCUGGUGAGUUACAUCUCGAGAGAUGUCUGAAGGACUUGAAGGAGAGAUUUGCAGGAAUAAACAUCACCGCCUCAGAACCUGCCAUACCUUAUCGAGAGACUUUUGUGCAAACUUCUGAAAUGAAUCCUCCCAAAAACUCAACUCUCGGCCGGGGAGUUCAAUCUGUGACGGCAGGGAAAUUUAGGAUCGCAAUUCGAACUGUCCCUCUACCUGAACCUGUAGUGAAACUUUUGAUCGAUCGAGAGGAAGAUAUUAAAAAGAUGGUCGCUACUGGCAAGGAGGUGUAUCCGUUCAGCGAUUCAUAUGCGAACCUCAUGGAAGCUUUAAAUGAUCUCUUCGCAAAAGCGUCUCAAAAGGAUGUAAUUUGGGAGAAUUGCUCCCAUUACAUUGCUGCUUUCGGUGGAAAGAAAACUGGACCUAACCUUUUAGUGUCAAAGAACGGAGAUCUGCGAAAAGUGGGUCAUUCAAGUGCCGAAGAAGAGCAUUUUGAGUACGAAAGCUCCAUCAUCAAUGGCUUUGAGCUCGCCGUUAAUGAAGGCCCUUUGAGUAAGGAACCUGUUCAAGGUAUGUGCGUGAUUUUGGAUAACGUCAGCGAAGUAAGUGGCACCUCGUGCGAAGUCGACAUGGCUAACAUAGCAGGUAAGCUUAUCACAGCCACAAGAGAUGCCAUUCAUUCCACAUUUCUCGAUUGGUCUCCCAGAAUUAUGUGGGCAAUGUACUCCUGCGACAUUCAAGCUUCUGUGGAAGUUUUGGGUAGAGUCUAUGGUGUGGUCCAGCAGCGACGCGGCAGAAUAACCUCAGAGGAAAUGAAGGAAGGUACACCGUUAUUCCAAAUCGAGGCCAAAGUUCCCGUUGUGGAAGCCUUUGGAUUUAGUGAGGAUAUUAAGAAAAAGACUUCAGGUGCUGCUCUGCCUCAACUGGUCUUUUCUGGCUUUGAAUGUAUUGACCUAGAUCCUUUUUGGGUCCCGACCACAGAGGAAGAGUUAGAAGACCUCGGUGACAUAGCCGACAAAGAGAACAUCGCCAGAAAGCAUAUGAACAUGAUCCGUAGGCGUAAAGGCUUGUUCAUUGACGAGAAGGUCAUCAAAAACGCCGAAAAGCAGAGAACUCUGAAGAGAUCGUAG